UUACUGCUGCACCAAAUGAUCCCCUCAAUCAUGCCAUUUAUAAACUUCUUCUCUUCCUCACUGCCUUCCUUGCAACAACAACCUUAACUACCUCUCUAUUGCUGUUUUCUUUUCUCUAAAAAUGGCUCUCUGCUCAUUUUUCUUUCUUUUUCUGGUACUUGCCAUUCUGCCUCAUCCUUCUCAAGGUAUUACUGGUAACCAGUCUCAGUUCUUUGCUCUUAUGAAGACCUCUUUAACAGGAAACAAGUUAUCUGGAUGGGAUAUUGAUGGAGGGAAACCUUACUGCAAUUUCUCAGGAAUUAGCUGCAACAACCAAGGUUAUGUGGACAAGAUUAACAUCUCCGGUUGGUCACUUUCUGGGCAGUUUCCAUCUGGAGUAUGCUCUUACUUGCCACGGUUACGUAUUCUUCGUCUUGACUGCAACCAUCUCUAUGGAAACUUUUUUGACAGCUUUGUCAAUUGCUCUUUCCUGGAAGAACUCAAUAUGAGUUUUGUAUUCCUCAGAGGAACACUUCCUGAUUUAUCACCAAUGAAAUCUCUGCGGAUAAUAGACCUUACAUACAAUCUCUUCACUGGCGACUUCCCCAUGUCAGUGACUAAUCUCUCCAAUCUUGUGGUGCUCAACUUUAAUGAAAAUCCAGGUUUCAAUCCAUGGCAACUUCCGGAGAAUAUUUCUCUAUUGACGAAGCUCAGAUUCAUGAACUUGGGCACCUGCGACUUGCAUGGUCGAAUCCCGCCAUCAAUAGGAAACAUGACUUCUCUAACUGAUCUUGAAUUAACUGGGAAUUUUCUCACGGGUCAGAUUCCUCCAGAGAUUGGAUUGCUGAAGAACUUGCAGCAGCUUGAGUUAUAUUACAAUCAGCACCUUUCUGGCAAUAUACCUGAGGAACUAGGAAACCUGACGGAGCUCACAGAUUUGGACAUGUCUGUCAAUCACUUGACGGGUAAGAUUCCAGAAUCCAUUGGUAGGCUGCCCAAGCUAGGAGCCUUGCAGCUUUACAACAACAGCCUCACGGGAGAAAUUCCAAGUUCACUUGGAAAUUCAACAACCUUAACUAUCUUAUCACUCUACGACAAUUUUCUCACUGGAGAAGUUCCUCGCAAUCUGGGGCAAUUUUCAAGCAUGAUUGUUCUUGAUGUAUCUGAGAAUCGCCUAGCAGGUCCACUUCCAACUCAGGUCUGCAAUGGAGGUAAACUGAACUACUUUCUUGUCCUGUCAAACUUGUUUUCUGGAGAGUUACCUGCUAGUUUAGAAAAAUGCACAUCUCUUUUAAGAUUUCGAGUCAGCAACAACAGUUUGGAGGGCCCAAUCCCUCAAGGUAUAUUUGGUCUUCCCCAUGCUUCAAUCAUUGAUUUGAGUUCCAACAGUUUCAGUGGUCCAAUUGCAAAGACAAUUGAAAAUGCCAGAAACUUAUCCGAAUUGUUUCUGUCAAACAACAAGAUUUCAGGUGUCUUGCCUCCUGAAAUUUCUGGAGCUAUCAAUUUGGUGAAAAUUGAUCUCAGUAAUAAUUUACUGUCUGGCCCCAUUCCUUCAGAAAUUGGAAACUUAAAGAAGCUAAAUUUGCUGAUUUUGCAAAGCAACCAGCUGAAUUCUCACAUUCCGAAGUCACUUUCUUCACUAAAAUCUCUCAAUGUCCUUGAUCUCUCCAACAACCUCCUCAGCGGAGAUGUCCCUGAUAGUCUCUGCGAAUUGUUGCCCAACUCUAUCAACUUUUCAAACAAUCAGCUUUCUGGUCCAGUUCCUCUCUGUUUGAUUAAAGGGGGUUUGGUUGAAAGCUUCUCGAGCAACCCAGGUCUCUGUGUUACAGUCAAUGUUAAAUCAUCCGACCAAGAUUUUCCUUUAUGUUCUAAAACUUACAACCAACGGAGGCUGAAUUCCGUGUGGGCAAUAGUGAUUUCAGCUGUUAUUAUUUCCAUUGGACUGAUCCUGUUUGUGAAACGCCGGCUUAGUAAACAAAGAGCUCUGAUGGAACAUGAUGAUACUUUGUCUUUAUCAAUCUUUUCAUAUGAUGUAAAGAGUUUCCAUCGAAUUAAUUUCGAUCAACGCGAAAUACUUGAAGCCAUGAUUGAAAAGAACGAAGUGGGGCAAGGAGGAUCUGGGACAGUGUAUAAAAUUGAGUUGAAUAAUGGGGAGACGGUUGCAGUGAAGAAAUUGUGGAAGCAGAGAACAAAAGAUUCUGCUUCAGAAGAUCAAUCACUCAUCGACAAGGAGUUGAAAACUGAGGUGGAGACUCUAGGAAAUAUAAGGCACAAAAACAUAGUGAAGUUAUACUGCUACUUCUCCAGUUUGGACUGCAAUUUGUUGGUUUAUGAGUACAUGCCAAAUGGAAACCUUUGGGAUGCUCUCCACAAAGGAUGGAUCACACUGGAUUGGCCUACUCGCCAUAAAAUUGCAUUUGGUGUUGCUCAGGGUUUGGCUUACCUUCACCAUGGUUUGUUGCAACCGAUUAUUCACAGAGAUAUCAAGUCAACCAACAUCUUAUUAGAUGUCAAUUAUCAGCCUAAAGUUGCAGACUUUGGGAUAGCCAAAGUUUUGCGAGCUAGAGGAGGCAAAGAUUCAACCACUACAGUUAUUGCAGGGACCUACGGUUAUUUGGCACCUGAAUACGCAUAUUCAUCUAAAGCAACAACCAAGUGCGAUGUGUACAGUUUCGGGGUAGUGUUAAUGGAGCUAAUAACAGGAAGGAAACCAGUAGAGGCAGAUUUUGGAGAGUAUAAAAACAUCAUCUACUGGGUUUCAACAAAAGUUGACAGCAUGGAAAGUGUAAUGGAGGUAUUAGACAAGCGAUUAUCAGGCUCAUUCAGAGACGAAAUGAUUCAGGUCCUCAAGAUCGCCAUUCACUGUACAAACAAGGCGCCUGCAGUUCGCCCAACAAUGAAUGAGGUUGUUAAGUUGCUCGCUGGGGCUGACCCUUGUAAAUUCAACACCUGCAAGUCUUCAGAUAAGACCAAAGAAUCCUUCAAUGUCACCAAAAUAAAGAACCCAUCAGAAUUAUGAUUGUGUUUUAGGUGAAGUAAUAUAGAACAGUAUAGUCUAUAGAAUUAUUGAGAGGCUUUAUCAUAAAGAGCAACUUAGUUACUCUAUUAUUGUCUUUUUAGUAGUUUACUAAUUAAUUAGCUUGUAGAUUCUAUCUCUUACCCUUUUUCUUUCUUCUUUUUUCCCUUGUAAGCAUUUGAGAAAUGUAAUCACUAUAACUGCUUCAUGGCAACGCAUAGCAUCUAUAUCAGUUAGACACCCACAAGAGCAAUCAUUUUCUAGCUUUUAAGA